AUGACUGACAUAUAGAUAUCUUUUGGUUGGAACGCUUUCUAAACUUGUUCUACAUAGACUUGCACUUACUCGAAAAUUAAAGAAUCAGGAGUAUCUAAAUGGAAAGAUUCUAAUAUUAUUAUUAGCCUUUUUUUCUAUGUUACUGUUGCUGGUGUCUAUGAUAUAUCUCUUGUUUCUGAUGAGAUUUAAAGAGAAGCAGAGCUUUAAGUAAAUAUUCCUUCUAUCUCAUACAGCUAAAUUGCUAAGUUUAAUACUGAUAGCUUAAAUUUGUCACUAGGAAGCAUAUAAAUUGAUAAUCCUGGGUACAUAAAAGUAAAUUUCUAGGGUACAAAUUCUUUAAUCAAUAGAAAAACUGGCUAAUAUCCAAAAUUGAAAACUUUAAUUCUUUCAAAUGUCGAAAAUAUAAGCGCUAUUAGCUUUGUUCAAGAUUCUUUUUCAUCCCAUUUUGGUAGAAGAGGACCUUCUGUACACUUAAAAUACAAUCUAGAAUCCAAAAGCAAAAUAAAAUAUUUCUUUAAUGAAGUUACAGUUCCUAAAAAAUGGGAUGCUAUUGGUACUUAUGCUAUGGCAAUAGGCUUUAGCUCAGGAUAUUUUGGAAUGCAAGUUAACUCAGAGUCAGAAAGAAAAAUUCUUUUUUCAGUAUGGAGUCCUUAAAAAACUGAUGAUCCAUCAACAAUUUUAGCAGAAAACGAAGUUAAAUUGUUAGCUAAAGGUAAAAAAACAGUUAUUAAAUCUUUCGGAAAUGAAGGUUCUGGCGGAUAAAGCUAUCUUGUUUAUCCUUGGGUGACAGGAGUAGCAUAUUAAUUCAAACUUGUAGGUUAUCCAACUAAAGACGGUUAUUCUGUCUUUACUGCUUAUUUUAAGGACCCUACAAAAUUUGAAGAUUACAUUCUUAUUGCUUCUUGGAAGAGACCUAAAACACAGACAUAUUUAGAAAGAGUUUACUCAUUUUUAGAAAAUUUUGAUCCUGAAAAAGGAAAUAUUUCAAGAAAAGCUUACUUCAACAAUUAAAGAGCCUUUACCAAUAAAGGAAAAAACGUAAAAAUCUAAUCAGCUACUUUCACAUAUGAUGAAACUGCAACUAAAUAAUAGAGAUAUGAUUAUGAUGGAGGAGUUGAUGAUAUAAAUGGAUAUUAUUUGAGAAAUUGUGGAUUUUUUGAUAAAACUAAUGUUAAAACAGGCGAUAUUUUUAAGAAAACACAAUGA